AUGAGCCCCUGGUUCUGGAGGAUAUCGCUCGUGGCAGCUCUUGCGUCGGGACUAUCUGCACAGACACAGCAGCCGCUGCAGGGGAGGAUCGAUUUCGAAGGCCAGACCUCCUCAAUCAGCAGCCACGCUAAACCGAAGCUACAUGGCCGAUUUUUACAUAUUACCGAUAUCCAUCCAGAUCCGCAUUAUAAGGCCUUCACCAAGUCCGAUUCCACUCGUUCGUGCCACAGGGGCAAAGGUGAUGCGGGCUACCUGGGCACUGCAGGAAGCGACUGCGAUAGCCCUCUGACACUCGCCAACGCGACUUUUAAAUGGAUACGCGAUAACUUGAGAGAUUCUGUUGACUUCGUAAUUUGGACAGGAGAUUCAGCGCGCCACGAUAAUGACGAGAAAAUUCCACGAACCAACGAAGACAUCGCUGCGCUUAAUCAGGCCAUGGUCGAUGGUCUCACCGAUGCCUUUUCUGAGAAAACUAAGUCUGGGCGGCAUCUCCGGAUACCGAUCGUCCCUACAAUCGGUAAUAAUGACAUAAAGCCGCAUAAUAUCUUAAAAGCUGGCCCUAAUCGAUGGACGAAAACUUUUUCCACUAUGUGGGGCGCGUUCAUCCCGGAAGCGCAACGUCACACCUUCGUGGAGGGAGGCUGGUUCUAUUCCGAAGUUAUACCAAACAAGCUGGCAGUUUUCAGUCUCAAUACGAUGUAUUUCUUCGACAGUAACAGCGCUGUGGAUGGGUGCUACGCUAGAUCCGAACCAGGCUAUGAACAUAUGGAAUGGCUACGAAUUCAACUCCAUUUCAUGCGAGAAAGGGGCAUGAAGGCAAUACUGAUUGGCCAUGUACCUCCUGCCAGAACUGCUUCAAAAGCGGCGUGGGAUGAAUCAUGUUGGCAAAAGUACACUUUAUGGCUGCAGCAAUACCGCGAUGUGAUAGUGGGUAGCGCUUAUGGACAUAUGAAUAUCGAUCACUUCAUGUUUCAGGACUUUCAUGAUUUAAAAAUCGGAGACAAAAGCGCCCUGGCGCUAGAGAAAAGAUCCGAUGUGUCCAAGAAGCUAAGCAUUCAGUCAAAAACAUCGUACCUUCGCGAGUUGCGGAAAAUUUGGUCAAAAAUACCGUCGCCUGCUGAGGAUAAUGACGUUCUGCUGCCUCUUUCCACCAGGAAAUUGAAAGAUAAUUACCACCGCAAAAUAGGCGGGAAAUGGGGUGAACGAUAUGCCGUUUCUUUAGUCUCUCCCAGUGUCAUUCCCAAUUACUUCCCAAGUUUACGCGUGAUAGAAUACAAUAUUUCUGGCUUAGAGGAAUCGGAGUUAUGGUUUCAGCGCUUUCUUGAAACCCCUUCGACUCUUGCAAUUGAUCCGCCAAGUCUUUCGUUAGAGACGGCGAAUGAAAAAGAUUUGCCUGUGCCAGAAAUGCAGAAGAAAAAAAAGAAAAAAAAGAAAAAGAAGAAGAAGAAGAAGAAGAAGGGAAAGAAAAGACCUCCGAAGUUCAUAGUCCCAGAUCCGCCUUCAAAGACGGCACCCCCAGGGCCAGCGUACUCGAAUCAGCCAUUUACUUGGCUGGGAUAUACCCAAUAUUAUGCCAACAUUACAAAAUUCAAUGCAGAGUUCAAACGUAACUCUGAACAUCCAAAAACACCUUUAAGCUGGCGAGAUUACCAACUACAGAAAGUCGAUGGCCAGGACCCGGAAGACAUCUCAUUCGAGUUUGAAGUAGAAUAUGAAACUACCAUGGAUAAAGCCUUUAAACUAAACGAUAUGAGUGUUAAAUCCUACCUAAAACUGGCGAGGAGAAUUGCCCAACGUUCUAAGACCGCCUCCGGCGCUCGGAGUGACUGUGGUAACGAUGACUGUGAAUAUCAAGCCAUUGAACCCGAAACCAACAGCAAGCUUACAAUUUCAAAUGUGAAGCCUGGAGAGGAAGGUGAAAAAGAUUUAUAUACUGCUCGUAUAAAUCCUUGGAAAAUAUUCCUUCGUCGAGCCUUCGUUGGGUAUUUUUCCGAUGACGAGCUCCAUUCGAUAAGUGAAUAUGCCUAG